CACUAUUGCUUCCUCUUUAUCUCGUUAGAGCACAACGUUUGUCACUCGGCACCGGGGCACCUUCAGUAACACCGCCAGGAAAGAUCUGUACUCAUCCAAAUGGCACGCUUCCCACUUGUGGCAUCUUUUUUUCUCUUUCUGACUAAGCUCAGCAUUGGCCAGAGAGAAGUAACAGUUCAGAAAGGACCGCUCUUUAGAGCUGAAGGUUACCCUGUCAGCAUCGGCUGCAAUGUAACUGGCCACCAGGGACCCUCAGAGCAGAAUUUCCAGUGGUCUAUUUACCUGCCAACAGCGCCAACCCAGGAAAUCCAGAUCAUUAGCACUUCGGAUGCCACCUUCUCUUAUGCAAUGUACACGCAGCGAGUGCAAAGCAGGGAAAUCUACGUGGAGCGGGUCCGGGGUAACUCAGUCUUUCUGCACAUCUCAAAGCUCCAGAUGAAGGAUUCUGGCGAGUACGAGUGUCACACACCCAACACUGAUGGAAAAUACUAUGGGAGUUACAGUGCGAAGACUAAUCUAGUUGUCAUUCCAGACACCCUCUCUGCUGCCAUGUCUGUUCAGACCCUCAGUAAGGACGAAGGUGAGCCAUUGCAACUUACCUGUGAGGCAUCCAAAGCCACAGCUCAACAUACCCACCUCUCCGUGACCUGGUACCUGAUGCAGGAUGGAGAAAGAAGCCAAGCCAGCAGGAUCAUUUCCCUCUCCAAAGACUUUGUGUUGAUCCCUGGGUCCUCGUAUGCAGAGAGGUUUGUAGCUGGUGACGUGCAGCUUGUCAAGCUUGGGGUCACCACCUUCAGGCUGUCCAUAGCGAGGCUCCAGCCCGCAGAUCAAGGCCAGCUGUUCUGUGAGGCAACUGAGUGGAUUCAGGAUCCGGAUGAGACCUGGACUUCCAUCACGAACAAGCGGACAGGUCAAACCACUCUGAGGGUCCGGCCAGCAGUGAGAGAUUUUCAAGUCAACAUUACGGCUGAGAGCACGAUUCCCGAAGGAAAGCCCUUAGAACGGGUUUGCCUGGUCAUGGGCGGUGGCCAGGACGCACAGUUUCAGGGAGCUUGGUUCUUCAAUGAUGUCGAAGUGGCCCACAUUGAUGCGGGUGGAGUUCUGAGUCUGAAGAACGACUACCAAGAAAGAGCAAGUCAAGGGCAGCUCCAGGUUUCAAAGUUAAGCCCCAAGGCUUUCUCGCUCAAGAUCUUCUCUGCAGGCCCAGAGGAUGAGGGUGCCUACAGAUGUGCCGUGGCAGAGGUGACAAGAGCUCAGAUGGGUUCCUGGCAGGUGCUUCAGAGAAGACAGUCCCCAGACAGCUAUGUGCGCCUGAGGAAGUCAGCAGCAAGACAUGUGGUUGUGUCUACCAAGGACCAGCAGCCAGCCGUGUGGGAAGGGGAGGCGUUAACCCUUCUCUGCAAGGUAGAUGGAGCGGAAAGUCUCCUGUCUGUGACCUGGUGGCACGCCCCACAGGGCCAGACACAGCUGGAGUUUGUGGCUGGCAUGGAGCAGGAUGGCACUGUUCAGCUGGGCACCUCCUUUGCGGACCUCGAGAUGCACAGCAACGUGAGGCUGGAGAAAAUGGACUGGGCCACCUUUCAGCUGGAGAUCACCUCCGCCACCAUCAGGGACAGUGGCGCAUAUGAGUGCAGAGUGUCUGAGAGGCCCCGGCCCCAGGCCAGAGAUCUUAGUUGGACCCAGCAGGUGUCAGUCACCGUAAAACCUCUGAAGUCAAGUUUACAAGUUAGUCUGAUGAGCCGUCAACCACAAGUGAAAUUAACCAGCACCUUCGACCUGUCCUGCAUAGUGAGCGCGGGCUACUCUGACCUCAAGGUUCCACUCACCGUGACGUGGCAGUUCCGGCCAGCUAGGUCUUCAGCCUUUGAUCUGCUUGUUCGAAUCACCCAUAACGGCACCAUUGAAUGGGGGGACUUCCUACCGCAGUUCCAAAAGAAGACAAAAGUUUCACAGUCUUUGUUUCAUUCUCAACUCCUAGUCCAUGAGGCCACUGAGGAAGAAGCCGGAGUUUAUCAGUGUAAAGUUGAAGUUUAUGACAGACGUUUCUUAGACACAAACAGUCCUGUGAGGGCUUCUGCCACCUCUCAUCCGCUAAGGAUAGCCAUCACUUUACCAGAGAGCAAGCUGAAGGUGAAUUCAAGCAGUCAAGUCCACGAGAUCUCUAUCAACUCCAACACUGACAUAGGAUGUAGCAUCUUAUCCCAGUCCACCGGGUACCUUCAGUUGGCUGUUAUUUGGUACUUCUCUCCCACCUCCACGGAUGCACACUGGCUGAGGAUCCUGGAAAUGGACCGAACCAACGUUGUAAAAUACGGGGAUGAAUUUCAGACCAUACGUAGAAAACAAAAAUUCCACGCCCGGAAAACUUCCAAAGACUUGUUUCAGCUACACAUUCUGGAUGUGGAAGACGGAGAUCAGGGCCUCUAUUACUGCACUGUGGAGGAAUGGCUCCAGACUGCAAACGGCUCUUGGCACAAGCUUGGAGAGAAGACGUCAGGUCCAAUGGAAUUGAAACUCAGGCCCACAGGAAGUGAGAUACACAUCUCCCAAGUGUCCCAGACAGAAAAUGCUACAGAGCACAGCCAGGUGGCCAUCCACUGCAGCCUGGAGAGUGUCGGCAGCCCAGCCUCCCUGUUCUCUGUGAUGUGGUACCGGGAGAGAGGAAACUCUGGAAGCAAAAUGCUGGUGCACCUGCAGCACGACGGCUUGCUGGAGUACGGGGAAGAGAGCCUGGGGGGGCGCCUGCACUGCUCCCGCGCAUCCCCUACAGACUUUGUCCUGAAGCUUCACCAGGUGGAGAUGGAGGAUGCCGGGACGUACUGGUGCAGGGUGGCAGAGUGGCGGCUACAUGGCGACCCCAGCAAGUGGGUCAACCAAGCCUCGAAUGAGUCACAGCGCAUGGUGCUCACGGUGCUGCCUUCAGUGCCCACAUUGCCUUCCAGGAUCUGCUCGUCGGCCCCUUUCCUCUAUUUCCUAUUCAUCCUCCCCUUCCUGAUGCUCCUCCUUCUGCUCCUCUCCCUCCUCUGCUUGUACCGCAAGGCCAAGAAGGUGUCCGCUCUGCGUCUAAACGCACAGAAAGAAAAGGCCCUCUGGGUGCCCUUGAAAGGGGCUGGAGGCAGGACCCCACACGGGCUGGCAGAGGAUGAAGCCUGUUAAACCCCCAGAGACGCCUGCAGCCCCACGGAAAGCAGAAAGCAUGCGGGCUCUGGAACGGGACUGACCAGCCUGUGAGCGCCCUCUGGCUCUGUCCUUCUUGGAGUCUGUGGCCUGAGGCAAGUGACCCAGGGCUCAGAGGGAACAUUUCCGGAGCGCGUUUGUGGUGCCAAGCCCUGUUCUGUGUCUCUUCGCCUGUCACCUCAGCUACCCCUUGCAUCGCCCUAAGGAGCGAGGAGCUGGCACCUCACCCCGUUUACACUGUCACAUCUCCCCCCUCUAUAAGAUCUCACGGAACCCCUCGCACAGCCACUGGGGGUUCAGUGAGCUCUCAGGGCAGAGCCCAGGGUGAGCCUGCCCUCUGUCCUCCUCCUAGGUCACCGAUUCCCAGGAGAACCCCGGGUGGUCUGGCCACACUGGCUCUAGGGGACCUUGUGCCUUAGAUAAGAGGUGGAGGAAAGGCCCUGAUGUCAGCGCUUGGGAAUCUGCCCUUCACUGACGUCCAGUCUGCCUCCCGCCGCUGGACUCUGACUCCCUUGGAGGCAAAAACCUCCCUUUCUCUCCCACCGCAUCUCCAUUCCAUCUUUAAAUGCCGCUCCAGAGCGAGCCCUGCAUGGCAGGUGCUUGAUCAAUAUUGGUUCUUUAUUUUUAUUUUUUGUCUUUUUUUGAGGGCCAUACCCCAGACAC